UUGUCUUGCCCAUUCACCCUCUGAAUGCACACCUAGACAAUCCAUGUCUCCUCCCCUUCAUCUACACUGAUUGAAGUGGAUUUAACAAGUGACAUCAAUAUGGAUCAUAGCUUUCACCUGGUCAGUUUAUCAUGGAAAGAGCAGGUGUUCCUAAUGUUUUGUACACUCAGUGUAUACGAUCAAAGACCGAGACGUCACAGUGGCCAUUUAAUUAGCGGAACUAUUUAUUGAGGAAUCUUUUCUCUGUUGCUCCUUCCUUGCUGCCAUAGAAACGGGAAAGCCGAUCUGAUUUAUGCUAACGUAAACAAGCAGGCAAGCUAACGUUAACCAACUAGCUACCUCAGUGGCACAAAAUAAAAUUGCAUCACAGGAUAUCCUUGCAUUAUUAAUUGAGGAAUAUCAUAUUGGACAUGUCUUCAGUCUCACAGAUGAAAGAAAAGUAAGUUACAUUAGCUAGCUACAUGAACGCAAACCUUUCAGCUGACGUUACGUUAACUAGCUAACGUUACGUCUAUCAAGCAAGCCAGCUAGCAAACGUUAGCAGGAUAUCAAGCAGGCCAACUUUGCUAUCUCUAGCUAGCUAAUCGCAUUAGCUAAAGAAAACUGGUUGAAUCCACAUCAUUUCAACAACAACAAAAUCUAUGUAUUGACGUUGAAUCAACGUAGAAAACUGAUUAGAUUUGCAAAAAGUAUAACAUUGAAGGGAAUUUCGUAUUUUUUACUAAAUCCUAUGAUAUAACGUUAGUGACCUGUUUUGUCGAAUUCACAUUAGUUGACAAUUCAACGAAAUGUAAAUCAACACUAAGUUAGACGUGGAAAUGACGUCUGUGCCCAGUGGGUAAGUUAACUAACGUUAUUUGACAGAUAUUCUACAUAAGCCCAGCAACACUAACGUUAGCUAGGCUAAACUAUGGAGUAAAAAAUGUUGCCUUGCUUCAAAACAAAUAACGUUACUCUGUCUCUUAACAGCUCUGAGAGCAGUAAAUGGUUAGAUGCACACUACGAUCCAGUGGCCAAUCUCUAUACUUUUUCAUCUUGCAUUGCUCUUGCAGACCUGCAUGGGGAUGGUGAGAAUAAGUUGGUGGUGGGGGACCUGGGAACUGGUUCAUGCAACAUGAAGCUGAAGGUGUACCGUGGAACUGGCCUGAUGAGUGAGAACACAUUGCUCGAUCUACCCACUGGCUUGGUUUCUUUCCUCAUGGACCAGCAUGAGCCACGCACGCCUGCCAUCGCUGUGGCUUCCGGCCCCUUCAUCUAUGUCUAUAAAAACCUGCGGCCCUAUUUCAAGUUCACUCUCCCUCCGUUAGAGGUCAAUGCCCUGGAACAGGACGUCUGGAACCAGGCAAGGGAGGACAUGAUUGACCCAUUGAGCUUGAAGGAAAUGUUGGAGGGCAUCCGAGACAAAGCUGAAGUUCCACUCUCCGUCAGAUCUUUGAGGUUCCUCAUGUUGGACCCACAAGACACGGAGGCUUUUGUGAACCUUCAUAAGGCGCAACCAAUACAAAGACAGACUGUUAUUACAUGCAUCGGCACCCUGAAGAAGAACAUGGCUGAUGAGGAUGCAGUCAGCUGUCUGGUUAUUGGCACUGAGAGUAAAGAUGUCUAUAUCCUGGACCCUGAGGCCUUCACCAUCCUCUCCAAGAUGUCCGUCCCCAGUGCUCCCACUCAAAUGGAUGUGACUGGUCAGUUUGAUGUGGAGUUCCGGAUCACUGUGGCCUGUCGCAAUGGGAAUAUCUACAUCCUCCGCAGAGACUCCCCCAAGCCUAAGUACUGUAUUGAGCUGUCUUCUCACGCUGUGGGGCUGGUGAGGAUGGGGAAGAGUGUGGUGGUGGGAUGUGCCCAGGAGACACUGCAGGGCUUCACACAGAAGGGGAAGAAGCUGUGGACGGCUUGCCUGCCAGCCCCUGUCACUACCAUGGGCGUGAUGGACCUCCCCACCAGGGGCUUCCAGGCAGUGUUAGUGGGCCUGGCUAACUGUGAGGUCCAUCUCUACAGAGACAAAAACCUCAUUAGCACCAUCAAGACUCCGGAUGUAGUGACCAGCAUUUGUUUUGGGAGAUAUGGACGAGAAGACGGAACCCUUAUAAUGACCACCAAAGGAGGUGGUCUGAUAGUAAAGAUCCUGAAGAGGACAGCUGUGUUUGAUGACAGGGACUCUGCCCCAGGCCCCCCUCUGGCACAAAGCAUCCGUCUCAAUAUCCCCAAGAAGACCAAGCUGUACGUGGACCAAACCAUGAGGGAACGAGAGAAUGCUGUGGCAAUGCACAGGGCCUUCCAGAUGGACCUGAGUCGUCUGCGUCUGGCUGCAGCGAGGGCAUACGUUAAAGCCCUGGAGUCCAGCCUUACACCCAUGUCCUCCAGCCUGUCUGAGCCUCUCAAGAUGAACGCAGUGGUGCAGGGCCUGGGCCCAUCCUUCAAGCUAACUCUGAACAUACAGAACACAGCCGCAUGCCGCCCUGUCAUGAACUUGGCCAUCAGCUUUCUGUAUGACGAGAGCCUGUAUAGUAUGAAGACAGCCUUCUUCAAGAUCCCCCUACUGGUUCCUGGGCUCAACUAUCCUAUUGACACAUUUGUGGAGUGCCUGAGUGAUAAAGGAAUCUCUGACAUCAUUAAAGUGUUUGUUCUGCGAGAGGGCAAGAGUGCACCCCUGCUGACUGCACAUAUCAACAUGCCCGUCAGUGAGGGACUGGCACUCAACUGAGAGAGGGAGAGAGAGCGAGCAGCAUCUUUAGGCCCUGGGCUGGCCUCUAUGCUCUCACCCUGUGCUUCUACCGCCCUCUAGUGGCAGGGCUGACUCGAGGUGACUGGGACGUUAACAGGAUCAGCUUGUGUUGGCCCCAGAGGUGGUUAAAAGCCAUCUGUAGCAUAUGUACGGUAGGACAGGAAGUAGGGCUAUUUGUCCUUAAGCUGUGUGUUGGUGGAUAGAGAUGUCAGGACAAUUAUGGUAGUUAUGAAUACAAGUGUAUAAAGUCAUUAUAUAUAAAUCAGCAUUAUUUAUUGCUCUUUAAAGUUUGUUAAAUAAUUGUUGGGGAAAAAACUGAUGUGCUGCUAAUUUGUUAAUGUUCAGAUUAUGACAUGUUCAGAGAAUUCAUUGCACUUUAUUUUCAAAAAUGAAAGAUAACAAAAAUCCAUACAUUCCUGAGAAGUGCAGCAGUAUCCAGAAAGAGUUGGCUUUUCAAACACUUUAAAUGUAUUUAAUAAAACCUUUUAAAAUUG